AGAAUGGAGAGAAACACGACAGUUGCCAGCGACAUCCUGCGAAUCCAAGGCUUCGACAUUUCUCCGGAGUUCACGUACCCCGUGUUCUUCAUCCUGCUGUUCUUUUACUCCUCCCUGCUUUUCUCCAACAUCGGCGUUCUUGCGCUCAUCAUCAGCGAGAAGAGUUUGCACCAGCCCAUGUUCCUGCUGUUCUGUAACCUGCCCGUCAACGACCUGAUAGGUAACACCGUGCUGCUGCCUCGGCUGAUGGCUCACGUCGUCUCCACCGAGCGCUUCACGACCUACAACCAGUGCGUGGCUCAGGCCUUUUACAGCCACACGUUCGGCUCGGCCUCGCACAUGAUCCUCGUCAUCAUGGCCAUUGACAGGUACGUGGCCAUCUGCCACCCGCUCAGGUACCACUCCAUCAUGACGACCAGAGCCGUGAUCGGCCUGUCGGUGACCGCGUGGGGGGUGUCGCUGCUGCUCGUGUCCGUUCUCAUGGGCCUGACGGUGAGGCUGUCUCGUUGUAGGUCAGUGAUACAAAACGCGUAUUGUGACAACGCGUCGCUGUUCAAGCUUUCAUGCGAGGACGUGACCAUCAACAACAUCUACGGACUCUUCUUCACAGUGUUGCUGUUCAGCUGCUCGAUCGGGGGCAUCGCCAUCACCUACUUCCGAAUAGCCCUGAUCUGCUGGAUCAAGAAGAACAAGGAGCUGAACAGCAGAGCCCUGCAGACGUGCGCGAGCCACCUGGUCCUCUACCUCAUUAUGCUCUGGUCGGGAUUCUUAACCAUCAUACUGCAUCGUUUCCCAAAUUACCCAGAUUUAAGGAAGAUCGCAUAUAUUCUGUUCCAUGUGGUCCCGGCUAACUUGAAUCCGAUCAUUUAUGGAAUGCAAACGAGAUUAUUACGUGAUAAAAUUAUUCAAAUAAUUCGCAGGAAGUAG